AUGUCUGCCAGUCAGCGAAUUGCCAUCGUCUCUGUUUACGACAAGACUGGCUUGUUGGACCUCGCCAAGGGCCUGGUGCAGAACAAUGUGCGCAUUCUGGCUUCAGGAGGCACGGCCAAGAUGAUCCGGGAGUCUGGCUUCCCAGUCGAGGAUAUCUCGGCCAUCACAAAAGCCCCGGAGAUGCUCGCCGGUAGGGUCAAGACCCUCCACCCGGCCGUGCACGCGGGUAUCCUGGCCCGUAACCUCGCCUCCGAUGAGAAGGAUCUUGCCGAGCAAAACAUCGACAAGGUUGACUACGUCAUUUGCAACCUGUACCCCUUCAAAGACACAGUUGCCAAGAUCAAUGUCACUGUUCCUGAGGCUGUCGAGGAGAUUGAUAUCGGUGGUGUUACUCUGAUCCGAGCGGCUGCAAAGAACCACUCCCGUGUCACCAUCCUCAGCGACCCCAACGACUACGCCGAAUUUCUGAAAGAGCUGGAGGCUGGCGAGGUCAAGGAGUCAAGCCGUAAACUGUAUGCGCUCAAGGCCUUCGAGCACACGGCCGACUACGAUGCCGCCAUCGCAGACUUCUUCCGCAAGCAGUAUGCUACCGAUGGUGUACAGUAUCUGCCCCUCAGAUACGGAGCCAACCCACACCAGAAGCCCGCCGCAGCGUUCGUCAAGGAGGGCAAGCUGCCUUUCAAGGUUCUUGGCGGUUCCCCUGGCUAUAUCAACCUUCUAGACGCCCUGAACAGCUGGCCGCUGGUCAAGGAGCUGAAGAACGCGCUCGGCAAGCCCGCCGCUGCAAGCUUCAAGCACGUCUCACCCGCAGGAGCAGCCAUUGGCACCCCGCUUAGUGCUGAGGAACGAAAGGUCUACUUCGUCGAUGACAUCCAGGGCAUCGAGACUUCUGGUCUUGCUCAGGCCUAUGCCCGUGCCCGUGGUGCCGACCGCAUGAGCAGCUUUGGCGACAUGAUUGCUCUGAGCGAUAUCGUUGAUGUUCCUACAGCGAGCAUCAUCUCCAAGGAGGUGUCCGAUGGUGUCAUCGCCCCUGGCUACGAGGAUGCUGCGCUUGAGAUUCUGAGAAAGAAGAAGGGCGGCAGAUACCUGGUCCUCCAGAUGGACCCCGAGUACGAACCUAGCAAGAAGGAGUCCAGGACAGUCUACGGAAUCAACCUCAGCCAAGGCCGUAACGAUGUCGAGAUCUCACCGAAGUCUUUCAGCACCGUCAUCACCCCUAAGGACGGUGGCCCGCUGCCGGAGACCGCUCUGAGAGAUCUCACAGUCGCAACAAUCGCGCUGAAGUACACCCAGAGUAACUCUGUGUGCUACGCAGCAAACGGUCAGGUCAUCGGCCUCGGUGCCGGCCAGCAGUCCCGCAUCCACUGCACGAGACUGGCUGGUGACAAGGCCGACAACUGGUGGCUUCGGUUCCAUCCCCGGGUCCUGGGCAUUAAGUGGAAGAAGGGCACCAAGCGCCCGGACAAGAGUAAUGCCAUCGACCUGCUUGUUAGCGGCCAGCUUCCCAAGGAUGGUGCAGAGAGAGAGGCUUUCGAGGCAACUUUCGAGGAGGUUCCCGCGGCAUUCACCCCUGAAGAGCGUGAGGAGUGGCUCAACAAGCUGACCGACGUCGCUGUGUCAAGUGACGCUUUCUUCCCCUUCAUUGAUAAUGUCUUCCGUGCCAGCCGGUCCGGAGCCAAGUACAUCGCGGCUCCAGGAGGUAGCCAGAACGACCAGCCGGUCUUUGAGACCGCUGAGAAGCUGGGUAUCACGUUCGUUGAGCAGAACAUCCGCCUCUUCCACCACUAA